ACAGCAGCACUUUCGUACUGUACACUCAGAUUCUCCCUACUCUCAUCAGUCAGACACCAUGGCCUCCGCCACCGCCUGUGCUUCGACCGUCCUCGCUGGUCAGGCUAUCGGAGCCUCCAGCAAUGCUCUUGCUGCCAAGGUCAACGUUGGUGAAGCUCGAGUUGUUAUGCGCAAGACUGUCAAGAGCACCCCCACCAGCAUCUGGUAUGGCGAGGACCGACCCAAGUACUUGGGCCCAUUCUCCGGUGCCACGCCAAGCUACUUGACCGGUGAAUUCCCCGGUGACUACGGCUGGGACACCGCUGGACUCUCUGCUGACCCCGAGACCUUCGCCAAGAACCGUGAAUUGGAAGUGAUCCACGCGCGAUGGGCCAUGUUGGGAGCUUUGGGAUGCGUCUUCCCCGAGCUUUUGAGCAAGAACGGUGUCUCCUUCGGAGAGGCAGUGUGGUUCAAGGCCGGAUCUCAGAUCUUCGCUGAGGGAGGUUUGGACUACCUCGGCAACUCGAGCCUCAUUCACGCCCAGAGCAUUUUGGCCAUCUGGGCCUGCCAGGUCGUGCUCAUGGGAGCCAUCGAGGGAUACAGAGUGGCAGGAGGACCCCUGGGAGAGGUGAGCGACCCGAUCUACCCCGGAGGUCAAUUCGACCCCCUGAACUUGGCCGAGGACCCAGACACCUUCGCCGAGCUGAAGGUGAAGGAGCUGAAGAACGGAAGGUUGGCGAUGUUCUCCAUGUUCGGAUUCUUCGUCCAGGCCAUCGUCACCGGAAAGGGACCCAUCGAGAACUUGUCCGACCACUUGGCUGACCCCGUUGCCAACAACGCCUGGGCCUACGCCACCAACUUCACCCCCGGAAACUAAGCCGUCGAAGCGUUUCCUUCCAGGCCGCCGUUCAAUUUUGACUUGAGCGAGCUGUAAUAUACGAGUACUUUAGGAUUAGAAGUAGAGUAGUCAGUAUCCAUUGACCUGAGAAGUGUAAUUCUGGACACAAUCAUGUUUCAUCGGCUUUUUUAUUGAACCCGAGUUCAGCAGCUACAUACAGGUUUUACAUUUCUGAUAUAAAUUGUCAACGUGGAUGUCUGAAGCAGAGUGUACUCUGUUCUCUUGCAAUGAAGUUUUCUGUGGAAACUAAGGUGCCUCUGGUUAUUG